CAAAGUAUUUGGCAUUUGAGUGAGCAAAAAAAAUGGCUGCAAGCAUCUAUUCCAUUGCACAGAAAUUAGCUUUGAUGAUAUCAAAUGAAGCUGAUUUCCUCUCCGGAGUGCCCGAUCAAGCCCAAUCACUAUGCAACGAGAUCAGUUUGAUGACUUCUGCGUUGCGAGACGCCAGUGAGAAGCGGCAAACAAGAAAUGAGGUGGAAGAAUGGCUGAAACAGGUUAGAGAUGUUGUCAUGAAUGCCGAGGAUGUGAUCGACUUGUUCAUCUUUGGAGCAGAGCGAGAACGGCACAGAAACUUCCUGACCAGGUACAUCUGCUACCCGAAUCAACUACUUAAUCUCCACCAGUUUGGGAAAGAAAUAGAAAAUUCCAUUAAAAAGAUUAACCAGCUUUCAAUUAGGAGAUCUAGUUUGGGGCUUGAAACUAAUUCAGGGGCAGAGUCAUCAAGUUCAAUUCGUAUGAUCACGAAUAUUGAACAAGGCCUACCGUUUCGUCGUCGGCAAGAUAGGGUGGUCGAUGAUUUCUAUGUCAUCGGAUUUGAAAAGGAAGAGAAUGAAAUAGUAAAGAAGUUGGUAACACCCAUAGUGCCCCAACGACCAUGUCCUGCUACUGGUGUUGUUGUUGUUGUUUCAAUAGUUGGAAUGGGCGGUAGUGGUAAAACUACCCUUGCUAGAAAUGUUUACAAACGGAAUGAUGUUAAAGAACAUUUUCAAACUCGUGCCUGGAUUUCUGUGUCUCAACAAUACGAUAUAAGAGAUCUUCUACCAUGUCAUCCUAGAACAGAUCAUCAAGCUUCUCACCCGGCCCUGAGGAUAAGAAGGAGGUAGAUGUCGAAAGCUUGAUCCAUAGGCUCUCAACUCACUUGAGAGAAACAACCUACCUAAUUGUAUUCGAUGACCUGUGGAGGCCUGAAGACUGGAACAUGUUUGUUGAAACAAGCCCUUCCAGUUCAAGGAGAAGGCUAUCAA